CGGCUUGUUUACCGGGAAAAAGAGUUAUCAGUUCAAAGAAAGCACUGUGUAAAUUAUAAAAGCUCUGGUCCUUGUGUUUGGUUUCCUUUACCUAUUUUCUCUCACUUUCAUGGAAAAAAAAAGCUCUGUUACUAAUUUUUCUUCACCCUGAAUUGACUGAAACAGAUCUCCGGCAUUGACUCAAUCUUCAGGAUAGUUCCAUCAAAUGGGGCCACAGAAUGAGGAUUUUCCCAGGAAAUGACAAGCCAACUCAAAAUUGUAGGAAAGAUUAAACUUUGCUGAGCAACUGGAAGAGUGACUAGGAAGCAGGAGGGAGGAUCGCUCAAAAUUUUUAACCUUUCCCUCAAGACAGAGCAAUGGAUAUAGGCAGAGAGAACCAAAAGAAGUUGCAGGUUGAGGAUUCAUGGAUUCCAAAAACUCCUUUUAAGCCUAUUCUACCAAAACCACAGGUGAUCUACACAAACAGGCAAGGAAACCAGGUUGACCAAGCAAACGGGAUGGGAUCAAAAGGAUUUUCAACAGGUUUAUCUCAAGAAACCAGAGAUGGAAUGUUGAGUGCAUGUUUAGAUUCUGCUGCCAAUGGCAACUGGGAGGCAGCUUUAGAAGCUCAAAAGGGCAUCGCUGGUGACAAUUCUGAAAUGUGCGAAGGAUUUCCCAUCAACAGCACAGCCAGAUGGAACUUUACAUCUCUCUUGGCUCUUCAAGAUCAGGCCUCAGCAGCCACCACGAUUGCAGCGUCAAAUAGGAUUGAAGAUUUCUCACUCGGAUCAAACCGUCCUAGUAUCAACAGCAAUUACUCCCAGGAACCCCAAUAUGCUAAGCCCAUACCUCAUGGAUCUGCUUACGACCUCAACUUACCUCCCAGAGUAGCAGCAGAUAGCAAGACCACCUUCCAGAUCAUUCCCUUGACCCCAGAGAAGGACGCAACAACAGAAUGCGGACAAGUCUCUCAAAAUCAAAAGGAGGAGAGAAAUAAGCAGGAGAAUAGAAAUGCUAUAACAGUAGUUGACACGCUCCAAACUCACAGGGAACUUCAAGAGCUAGCAAACGAUUCAUCAUCUGCUGCUAUUUGCACACUAAUCAAGGAAAAUCACAAUCCUGGCAAUGAAGGCAGCCAUGCUAUUGAAACACCACAGCGGAAGCCUAGAAGGAAAAGGCACAGGCCAAAAGUAAUCACAGAAGGCAAACCUAAAACUAAACCAACUGCAAAGCCCACCCCUUCCACUGAGAGCCCAACUGGCAAGAGGAAGUAUGUGAGAAAGAAACCACUUAACAAAGCCCCAAUACCACCCCUAGCAGAAUCUGAAAAAAAACCAACAGGGAAGAGGCCGUAUGUGCGAAAGAAACCUCUCAAUAAAGCCGCAACAACUACCCCAUUUGAAGCAACUGGAGAGUCUAUUGAUCCAAAAGCACUUGAGCUUGCCAAAAAGUCAUGCAGAAGGUCCCUAAAUUUUGACAUUGAAGGAAAACCAAUAGAUGACAGCUCCAAAUGUAAGCUAAAUUGUAAUAAAGAUUCUCCAUUGCAAGCACAAGAUGUUAGUAGGGGAAAACAAUCAAAAUCAAUUGUAGCUAUUGGGCAAGGAAUUGAAGUAUUAGUAGAAGCCACGCAAGCAGGCAUUGCAUAUGAUCUUGCUGAUACUGUGAACCAAAUGCUUAAAGAUUAUAUGUCGUUUCCUGAAAAACAAGCACCAAGCACACCACUUCCUGCAAAGACUUAUCCUCCAAGGAGAAAAAGGAAUGACAAUUCCCAAGAGAGCCAUGCCAAAGUAGAAGCGCAAGCUAUUGCUCAUACUGUACAGCAGAACAGACAGAUCAUGUUGCCAGCUGACACUCAAUUGCCAUCAGUAAACCCAGACGGCUACAACUGCAGCCCUUGCACAAUUUUAACAGAGAAAGGAAAAGCAAAUGGAUCAAAAAGGAAGCAUCUCAGUUUCAUUCAACAGCCAGACUCUUGUAGCACAAAUCUAACUGGUAUUCACUACAAUUCUUUACCUGCAUACCAGAUAAUAUUUCCAAGCAUUUUCAAGAAAAAGAGGACUGAAAAGGGACAAAAUUCAACUACAUCCGGCACAUCUUGUGUGACUGCUGCAAAAGACAAAGGGAGACUAGAAAAAACACGCCCACAAAAGGAUGCCAGAGGAGAUCCUUCAACAUCAACAUCCAAUUGUUUGAUUUGUGCUUCACAUUCUAGUUCUAAUGGAAUUCCAGGUGCACAUGGAGAAACAGGAGGCCUUCAGUCUGAACUGCAAACUUAUGGCCUCACUAUAUGCCAGACAGAGAGGCCAACAAAAAAGAGAUCCAGCGGUCCUACUCGAAUUCGAGAUUUGGCUUCACUAGCAAAAAUAGGAACAGGUGUGAUGCAUCAAACUUGCACAGCCAGACAAAUACCAGCAAAUUAUAACGUGCAUCAAGUUGAGGACUCGAAUAAACCUCAUGCAUGUAUAGAAGCUCUAGUUGCGGAGAUGCAUGGAACAUUGAUGACAAAGAAGAGAACUAAAAAGAGAGUCGUUCUCAUUAAUUCUGCAUCCUCCAGUACAAAUCGGGAGCAAUCACAUGGGAAAAUCAUCUUAUACAAUCAGAGUCAAUUCCUAGCCAAGUCAUCAGGUGCUCCUCAAGAAGUAAUAUGGAGACAGAUGUCUCCAGUUGAUGCAAUAGUUGAGCAAUUACAGCAACUAGACAUUAAUAGGGAAAGUGGUGGCAUUGCAUAUAAAGAACAUAGUGCCCUUGUUCCUUACAAUAUUAAAAAUGAACAGAAUGCACUAGUCCUUUAUAGAAGAGAUGGCACUAUUAUACCCUUUGCUGAUGCAUUUGAACCCAUCAAGAAACGACGUCCACGGCCUAAAGUUUACCUAGAUGAAGAAACUAACAGAGUAUGGAAACUUUUGCUGGGAAACAUCAAUAGUGAAGGCAUUGAUGGAACUGAUGAAGAGAAGGCGAAGUGGUGGGAAGAAGAACGGAAAGUGUUCCGUGGGCGAGCAAACUCAUUUAUAGCACGGAUGCAUCUUGUGCAAGGGGAUAGGCGCUUCUCUCAAUGGAAGGGAUCAGUUGUGGACUCGGUGAUUGGAGUAUUUCUUACUCAAAAUGUCUCUGACCAUCUCUCUAGUUCUGCAUUUAUGUCACUUGCUGCACGUUUUCCUUUGAAGUCAAGAAGCAAUAAAAAUCCAUGCUAUGGAGAAAGGACAAGCUCAGUAAUUGAGAAACCAAUAGUGUGCAUGCCAGAUCUAGAAGAAGCCAUAAAAUGGAAUGAGAUGUCAAAUCAGUUAAUUUGUGACCAAAGCUCCAUGACCCUCCAUGACUCUGAGGUUGAUGAAGAACAAGAGGUGGUCAACAGCAAUGAAUCUUCUACAAGCAGUAACGGCAUUGUUAGCUCCCGAAGUGGCUUAGAGACGUACUAUCAAUCAAAGGCAAAAAGAUCAACCACAGAGACUGCCAAAACAGCAGAUAUUGGUUAUAUAGAAGAAAAGAGAAGUUCAACGAAUCAUGCAUUUUCAUCUCAAAAUUCUGUGAUUUCAUCUCAAAACUCUGUGGAUUCACCAAGUGCUCAAACUGCUGAAAGAAGAGAAUCUUACUCCUGGAACAACUCAGAUGCAGAAGAUUUAAUUGAUGGAUCUAAAUUCAAUAGUUGGAACAGCUCCAGUUCUUUUGUGGAGCUUUUAAUUAAGGCUGGAUCUAACAAGCUACAUGAAGUUCAGAGUCAUGGCAAUGGCACCAUCUUAUCUGAUCCAAACUCAAGAGACGAGUGUAAGAAAACCCAAAAUGCAGAAAAUGACUUCCACGUGCAAAAGAUAUACAAUGCAGAUAGUCCUAAAAGCUCCAUAGAUGCAUCUGCAGCCCCAUCCAGUAACCGUCAUUCGCAUCGUAUCUCCAACUUAGGAGGUCUGGGAGUUGAAUGCUAUAAGAUGAUUACUGAGGAAGCAAGAUGUUAUGAAGUAUCCAAGAACAACAGCAGAAAUAGUAUGAAAAAGCAAAGUUCCUUCACAUCAGAAUCUGCCAGUCAAACUACGGAUGAAAAUAAUCUGACUAUUGCUGCUCAAGAAGCAUCAAGAUCUCCAACUCCAAAUAAUCCAUCAUGCAGCAAGAUUCAGCAAGGCCAGCAUAUAACCAUCCAAACUCAAAGCAAGAUUGUUGAAGACGUGAACAUUGUCAGCAUAUCACUGGAUCAGAUGCAAAACAAUGAAAUUCAGAAAAAACUAUGCAUGCCAAAUCCAGGAGAAACCCUAGAUAUUGUGGAAAGUAGCAGUGCACUUAAUGAGCAAGAAAGGAAUUCACAAAAAACAACUGAAUCAGACUUGAUUGAGCAUGGCUUUUCUGAAAUUAGGGAGAUUAAAGAAAUGAAUGAUGCUACCAGAAAAGCAAAGAGUAGAAGGGUUGGAAAGGAGAUAAGAGAAAAUGUUGACUGGGAUGCCUUGAGAAAACAGGCAGAAGCAAAUGGGAGGAAAAGACAAAGAACACCAAACACAAUGGACUCAUUGGACUGGGAAGCUGUGAGAUGUGCAGAUGUUAAUGAGAUUGCCAACACAAUCAAAGAGCGUGGAAUGAACAACAUGCUUGCGGAACGUAUAAAGAAUUUUCUUAAUCGACUAGCUAGAGAACAUGGAAGCAUUGAUCUGGAAUGGCUAAGAGAUGUUCCACCAGACAAAGCAAAGGAGUACCUGCUAAGCGUAAGAGGAUUGGGACUGAAAAGUGUGGAGUGUGUAAGGCUUUUGACACUUCACCAUCUUGCUUUUCCUGUUGACACAAAUGUUGGACGAAUAGCUGUACGAUUGGGCUGGGUCCCUCUUCAGCCCCUGCCUGAAUCACUUCAAUUGCACCUUCUAGAGUUGUACCCGGUGCUGGAAUCAAUUCAAAAAUAUAUUUGGCCCCGUCUGUGCAAACUUGAUCAAAGAACACUGUAUGAACUACAUUACCAGAUGAUCACUUUUGGAAAGGUAUUCUGUACCAAAAGCAAACCCAAUUGCAAUGCCUGUCCAAUGCGAGGAGAAUGCAGACAUUUCGCAAGUGCAUUUGCAAGUGCAAGACUUGCCCUGCCUGGGCCAGAGGAAAAAGGUAUAGUGAGCAUAGGUGAAAACAGCACAAAUGGGAAAAAGCCUGAUGUGAUGGUCAAUCAACUGCCGCUGCUGCUACCCCAGGCAACUGAAUCAUCAGCAGGAAAUCAGCAGCCAGAAUCCAACCAACAAUUAGAAGCAAGAUAUGUAGUCAGACAUUGUGAACCUAUUGUUGAAGAACCAUCAUCACCAGAACCAGAAUGUCCACGAUUAACAGAAAAUGAUAUGGAGGAUGCUUUCUGUGAGGAUCCUGAUGAAAUUCCUACAAUCAAGCUUAAUAUUGAAGAGUUCACUCAAAAUUUGCAGAACUAUAUGCAAGAAAACAUGGAACUUCAAGAAGUAGACAUGUCAAAAGCCUUAGUUGCUUUGACAGCAGAAGCUGCCUCUAUUCCCACGCCCAAGCUUAAGAAUGUGAGUCAGCUGCGAACAGAGCACCAAGUAUAUGAACUUCCAGAUUCCCACCCUCUACUGCAAGGGUUGGAUAGAAGAGAACCUGAUGAUCCUUGCUCAUACCUUCUUGCCAUAUGGACACCAGGUGAAACAGCAAAUUCCAUUCAGCCACCUGAAAGUAGGUGCGACUCACAAGAAUAUGGCAAACUGUGUGAUGAGAAGGCAUGUUUCUCUUGCAACAGUAUACGGGAAGCAAAUUCACAAAUUGUUCGUGGGACGCUUUUGAUACCAUGUCGAACAGCAAUGAGAGGGAGCUUUCCCCUCAAUGGCACAUAUUUUCAAGUUAAUGAGGUAUUUGCCGACCAUGAUUCUAGCUUGAACCCAAUUGAUGUUCCUAGAACUUGGAUAUGGAACCUACCAAGACGAACAGUGUACUUUGGGACAUCAAUACCAACAAUAUUUAAAGGUUUGACAACAGAAGCUAUUCAAAACUGUUUUUGGAGAGGAUAUGUUUGUGUGAGAGGAUUCGACCAGAAGACACGGGCACCUCGUCCUUUGAUAGCCAGGCUGCAUUUCCCGGCCAGCAAGUUAAACAAGAAAAGGGGCAAGGAUUCAAAUGAUUAGCAGACGAUGCCUCAAAAUUACCAACGCUAUUCGCAGAACGAACAGAUGACUAGAUGAUAGUUUUCAGGCAACAAUAACCAAUAGCAUCACAUUCAACGAAUGUAACUUGUUUUUCAUAAGAAAAAAAAAAGGCGAAAAUCUAGUUGAGCUGUAUGAUCCCAUAACUUAUGAGGGUGUAGCGUGUACAUGUUUAACAAGACUCUAAUUUUCUUAAUGUUAUGCUCGAAUUUGAGCAAUUCUUCUGAAAUAA